AUGGAAGCAGCGUUCAGAACGAUUCUGGUGUUGAUUCUGAUACUUUUUCUGAUAUGGGUCUGGAGGAUUCUGAACUGGCUAUGGUUCACACCAAAGAGACUUGAAAGAUUUCUCAGAAAGCAAGGUCUUCAAGGCAAUCCUUACAAGUUUUUCGUUGGAGACAUGAAUGAGUACAGGAAUCUGAGAAAGGAAGCUUUCUCCAAACCCAUGAAUCUCUUCUCUCACGACAUAGUGCCGCGUGUGUUUUCCAUUUUCGAUCACAGUAUCAACACAUAUGGCAAAAAUUCAUUUAUUUGGUUUGGACCAACUCCAAGGGUGACCGUCACAGAUCCUGAGCUAAUCAAAGAGGUAUUAAACAAGAUGCAUGACUUCAGAAAGAUUAAUAUGAAUCCACAAGUCAGGUUACUAGCACCUGGUCUUGUAAGCCUUGAGGGAGAAAAGUGGAGCAAGCACAGAAAGAUAAUCAAUCCUGCUUUCAAUUUAGAGAAGUUGAAGAAUAUGUUACCACUGUUCAUCAAAUGUAAUGAUGAUCUGAUUAGCAAAUGGGAGGAACUGUUGUCUUCAGAUGGAUCAAGUGAAAUAGACGUAUGGCCUUUCCUUCAGAAUUUGGCUAGUGACGCCAUUUCUCGAACAGCAUUUGGAAGUAGUUAUGAAGAAGGAAGAAGAAUAUUUGAACUUUUAAGAGAGCAGACUGAACAUACAGUGAAAGUUAUGUUGAAAGUUUAUAUCCCUGGAUGGAGGUUUGUACCUACUUCUACCAAUAGAAGAAUGAGUGCAAUUGACAGAGAUAUAAAUGCUUCACUUAUGAAUCUUAUCAAAAACAGAGAGGCAGCACUAAAGGCAGGUGAAGCCACUAAAAAUGACUUGUUAGAUAUACUUCUGGAGUCAAAUCACAAGGAAAUGCAAGAACAGGGAAACAAUAAGAAUGUUGGAAUGAAUAUUGAAGAUGUAAUUGGGGAAUGCAAGAUAUUCUACUUUGCAGGGCAGGAGACCACUUCAUCUUUGCUUGUUUGGACAAUGAUAUUAUUGUGUAUGUACCCUGAUUGGCAAACACGUGCAAGGGAUGAAGUCUUACGAGUUUUUGGCAAUCGAAAACCAGAUUUUGAUGGACUGAACCAACUUAAGAUUGUUUCCAUGAUUUUGAACGAGGUUCUUAGGUUAUACCCACCAAUAGUUGGUUUUGCUCGAAAAGUUUGUAAAGAUGUGAAACUUGGAAACCUAUCAUUAGCUGCUGGAGUGCAUGUUUCCAUACCAACAGUUUUGGUUCACCAUGAUUCUGAGCUCUGGGGUGAUGAUGCUAAGGAAUUCAAACCUGAGAGAUUUGCUGAAGGACUUCUAAAGGCCACAAAUGGCAGAGUUUCACUAAUUCCCUUCGGAGGGGGUCCUAGGAUAUGCAUUGGACAAAACUUCACCUUGUUGGAAGCAAAGAUUGCUUUGUCAAUGAUUUUACAACGUUUCUCGUUUGAACUCUCUCCAACCUAUACUCAUGCUCCAACUACCGUGAUUACUCUUCAACCCCAGUAUGGUGCUCCUCUCAUUCUACGUAAGUUGGAAAUAUAA